AACCAGGAAGUGAAAAUUUCCCACCGGCGAGGUGUGGAUGAGACGCUGCAGAGACCUUUCCUUCAACAAAGUAACAGUGUUAGUUGAACUGGACAAGCACGAUUUUAAAACUGGAGAUUAACACUACAACAGAGCGAUGUCUCCUGAUGAGCUGGUGUAUUUGGGAGUUCUUGUUGCCUCCAUCCCUGUUGGGUUUCUCUUUCGUUAUCUCAGUCCAGCUGGGAAGCAGGGAGCAGCUCUCCUCUUGGGUCUUUUAAUCACCGUCGGCUUAUGUCACGUGCACGCGCUGCACUCUCUGGUGACUGUGAUCGGAACAUGGAUCAUCAUCAAGAGCAGCUGGAGACGUGCUCCAGCUCUGAGUCUCAGCUGGACCUUUCUCUACCUCCUCUUUUUCCGUUUGGUCACUUGGUUUAACCUGCCGCCACCGACGCCUUUCGCCAACGCCGUCCAGCUCAUUCUAACACUUAAGAUGGUGAGUCUUGCCAACGAGGUGCACAGCUUCUAUGUGAACAAUAUGUCAAAGAAUCCCACCCUUGGUGCUCUGACCCGAGAGCCCUCCCUCUACGACAUUAUGUCCUAUAGUUACUGUUACGUUGGUAUAAUGACAGGUCCAUUUUUUUGCUUCAAAACGUACUCUGAUUGGCUGAGCCAGCCCAAACCGCUGUCUCUGCCUGGCUGGGAGCCGUGUCUGCAGCGUCUGAAGCUGGUCCCCGCGUACGGCGCUCUGUUCCUGGUCGUUAACGCCUACUUUCCUCUGCCCUACGUCCGCACAGACGAGUUCCUGGAUCAGAACUUUUUCUACAGGUUUUUCUAUAUGGUCGCAGUAUUCUUUGUGUUUCGGAUGCGUUUCUACGCAGCGUGGUGUGGAGCUGAGGCGGGCUGCAUCAGUGCAGGUUUGGGCUGCUAUCCAGAAAAAGCUCUUUCUAAACCUGGAGGAGGACCCACCGUUGACUACAGAGCUGAUCCAUCUGCUGAAGAAAAAUACGACUUCAAAAGCAUCCAGAACAUUGAUUGUUACAACACUGAUUUCUGUGUGAAGGUUCGACAUGGGAUGCGGUACUGGAACAUGACGGUGCAGUGGUGGCUGCAUCACUACAUCUAUGCCAACGCCCCCUUCAAGUCCUACACACUCAGGGCUGGCUGGACCAUGUUGAUCAGCGCCUACUGGCACGGAUUACAUGCUGGCUACUACCUCUCCUUCAUGACCAUCCCUCUGUGCAUCGCUGCAGAAUCUGCCAUGGAGGCUUCAGUCAGAAGUAAGCUCGGCCCUUACGGGCAGAACAUUUUCGACUGGAUCCACUGGUUCCUGAAAAUGAGGGCCUACGACUACAUGUGCAUGGGCUUUGUGCUGCUGAAGGCCUCUGACACCAUCUACUACUGGUCGUCCAUCUACUUCAUCAUGCACAUCAUUGCCGUUUGCUGCAUCCUUGUGGGCAGGGCUUUAAAGGGAGGGAAAAGAGAAGGGAUGAGGCGGGAGAGGGAACAAAAAACCGAGGGUGAAAAACUGGAAAAUAUGAAAGAGAAGACCGGAGAGAAAACCGACUGAAUGGAGCUCCAGAAAAAGACUCGUUGGAGUUCCUCAUGUUCAACAAACAGGUCCAAGAUGAUUUCUCAUCUGUAAAGUCUAUUUUAAUACAAACAAAAAGUAACUUUUAAAACCCAGUUAAAGCUGUUUCUUCUGAUGUAUAUUAAUGUGCUGUGAGUUAUUGGAGAGAAACAUUUGAGCUCUGCAAGUUUUGCUUUUGUUGUGGGAGUCAAAGCAUUAUUUUACUUUAUUUUACUCAAAGAAAACGAGUCUAAAUGUCAAACGCGGAGGCAGAAAUGUCAGUGGGAUGUUAUAAAGACUGUAGCUUGAUUUACAAUUAACUUCUAAAGUGAAAGUAUUUUAAAUGGUCCCCAAAAAGUAAUUAGGAUUCAAACUGAUUAGGACUUAAAUUCAGUAUUUUACAAUCGCUACUAGAUUGUAUAAUGUAGCUUUGUUAGAAUGAUGAUCUAGUUAUCAUAAAUAUAUUUAGGAUAAAUUCAAACAGUAUUUAUCUUUAUAGUGAAUGUUAUUAAGUGUUAAAACAACACAAAAGUUCCCCUUUUUAAAUUAACAAUUCUGCACUUAAGCUUUUCCCAGCUAUCCAGUGAAGCCAAAACAUUUCUACUUUGAUGUUAUUUAAAUUUAAUUUGUUGUCUAUUUUAAGUUCUUCAAUCAGGAACAUAUCCACUGCCAUUUCUGCGUCUGUUUCAAAGUGUGCCGUAUGAAAACCGUAACAGUCCAUUCACUGCCAAAACAUCUGUACUGCCAUCGUGAACCGCACCGUGUUCAGACCAAAUAUUUCAUAAAUUUAAAGUUUGUCAUUUAUUUAAGCUGCCUGUGUUUGUUGUGUAGUAACUGCACAGCUAGAGCUAGGUGAUAUUCUGAAAAAUGCUCUACAUUUUAUUUAGGAAACAUGUACGUUUUCAUUUGAUGACUAACGUACAGAGUUUUAAUAGCUAUAUAAUGUUUAAAAACAAAACAUGUUCCAAUAUGAUGAUGUGCAUUUUGCUUUUUGGUGAUUAAAGAAUGUAUAUUAUUCAUAUUUUUGUAAAUAAACAGUUUAAAUAUUACCAGUCUCGUAAUACAGUCAGGUCAUUUCACUUUGUGGCUGUUUUAUUUUUAUUUUUGUUUAUAUGAGGGUGGGUGAACGUGUUUCAUCAGCUUCUAUUUAGAGCUGAGAUCAUUUGAAUUACAAAUUGUCAUUUUUACCUCUUGAUUCAAAGUGCUUUUAUUUUGAGGUGAUGUUGAAAAGUGGUGAGACAAACACUGGUCCCUGGUGUCAAACACUUUAUUUUUUGCCUUGUAUUGUUUACUGUUUUUAUGUUUUGUUUUUUCAUACUGUACCAACUCAUAUUAGAUUCAGUUUUUCUUACCAGCAUUUUUGGAGCUCUUUUAGGUUUUUAAAUUAAACCUCAUGUUAUAAAUUAUGAAACUUUAGCUGGGCACAGGUAUUUAAAUUUUCAGGACCAGCUGGUAGAGGAAAAAGAAAAAAGGAUAUCAGGGAAAUCAUUAACUAUUAAACACAAACACACCUGCCUGGCAAUGUCGCCGCUGUAUUCUCUUUCACCUGAGAACCAAUCUGUGCAGUUAUUCUGAAAUAAAACUUUACAUUGUACACAUUAAA